UCAAUGCAGUAUUGAUCCAAAAUUUGCCUUGCCGUAUUGAUCAGCAUUCCAAAAAGGGUUAAUGCCAAACUACAAUAUGCAGAUGAGCUAUUGGAAUUUUAAGUAGCCCAUAAAAAUUACUAUAGAAGCUAUGAAUGAAUGGAUAAAUGAAAUGGGUAAACAGAUAACAGAUCAAAAAAACAACAACAAUAACAACAAAAAUAGAUUCCAAUUUAGAUGUUAACAGCAUACGAUGGUAUUUCUGUCUGUCUGUCUGUCUGUCUGUAUGUAACAGGGGAAGCUAUGCAAUUACACAAACGCAGCGACAACAGCAGUGAUGUUAACGUUGAGUGUCUCACAGAAAAGCGAAUCAACGACCCGACCGACUUGGCUGGCUGCUAAAUAAAAAAAAGCCACAGCUCACAAAUGUGGCCAAAAUACAACAACCAAAACAAACUAAAAUCCAUAACAAAAUGUUAAGACUUAUUGGCGGCUCAUAACGGCAUUCGGCAGUCAGUUGCUAAACGUCUUUGCGCAGAGAAACUACCAGUGAGCGGUGGAAGAAAACUUGAAAUCGAGAUUUAAAGAAAAACAGAAAAUCUCAAAGAAAAAUAAAAAAAUAAUAAAAAAAGAUCAUGCCAAAUUAAGAAAUCAAAAAUCUAAUGAGGAUGAUAGUGGGAAAAUAAUAAAAAAGCUUGUGUAAUAUUUUUCAAUACGAAAGUAAGUGACUAAAAUUACAAGAAACUUAAACAAAAAUACCAAACUUAAUCUCAAGACAGUUGUUGUUGUUGUUGCCCUGCAAGCUACCAAUAUUGACUCUCUUACAUGCUGGUAUUGGUGGUGCUGGUGAUACUGGUUACAACUUCAACCGAAAGUGUAUAACGAACGCCAAAAAAUAUAAAAAAAAACAAAUAAAAACAACAGCAACAACAACGUUUUCUUUAAUGUAAUUUGGCCAAAUUCAUUGAAUCGUACGUACGGUUAAAAAAACGUUACAUUCAACAUUUAUUGAUGGCUGGCGUUGUCGUUGUUGUUGCCAUAGACAUGCGGCAGUUCCAUUAUUUUUAAUCACCGUGAUCGUCGUCGUCGUCGUCGUUGUCGUCUUAUUUGUUGUUAUUGUUAACAUCGUCGCCGCCGUCGUCACAAGUGCGUGCCCGUUUCGUUGACUGCUGUGCAUUGGAAAACGUUUUCAUAUUCCGAAAAAAACACUAACAAACCGAAGAAAACAAAAACAACAACAACAAUAACAACAACAAAAUUGCAGUCUAACUAAAGUUUGUCCGGUCGAAAAAACCGAAAUUAUUUGAAUUUCAUUUAAUAUUCAACGGCUUAACGGUGACAUUCGUCGUAAUUAUCAACGUCAUCGUCAUAAACAUCGAUAACUGGAAAACGUCAAUCACCCCCGAAAUAACAUCAUUGUCAUCAUCAUUUGUCAACGAUUUUUUUGAGCUGUAGUUAAGCAUGAAUUCGUUAAUAGUUUCUUCAAUAUUUCUGCUGUGUGUGGGGAGUUGUUUCUCGGCGGAGAUAUUAAUGGUCACCAUGGGCGGUACCAAGUCACACAAAAUUCCCUUUUGGGAAUUAGCCAAGGGGCUAAUAGAGAGGGGUCACAACAUAACUUUCCUAAGUGGUUUUCCCUCCGAUUUCCACAUUGAUGGCCUGCACGAGGUAACGCCCUCCGGUCUCGUUGAGUAUAUACAGAAUUAUACCAACUGGGAUUUGGUGGGGGCACGAAUGUCAGGUGAAAUGCCAAUCUCCGUAUGGGAUGGCAUACGUUAUGCAUUCCAGUCUUGCGAUGCAAUGUUGGAGGAUGCAGAAACCCAGGCUUUGAUGAAUCGUAAUUUCGACUUGGCCAUACUCGAUGGAGCCUAUCCGGAGUGUGCCCUCGGCAUGGUGUAUCAAUACAAAAUACCUUUUAUGUACAUGAAUACGGUUGGGUUCUACACGGGCAGCCUUUCGAUUUCGGGUAAUCCAGGGUCGUAUGCUGUCACCCCAAAUUUCUAUACGACAUUUACGGACAACAUGAAUCUUCUGGAGAGGGCAGCCAAUACGGGCAUACAAAUAUUUUCGGAUUUAAUGCAUCAGUUUGUCAUGGCCUGUGUGUAUCGUGUGAUGAAGCAACGCUUGGGCCAUCAAAUACCCCAUCCCUAUGAAAUUUCCAAAAAUGUCAGCUUUAUUUUACAAAAUGGCCAUGCCGUGGUCUCCUAUCCACGCUCCCUAAAUCCCAAUGUGGCCGAGGUGGCCUGCAUCCACUGCAAACCAGCUAAGCCUUUACCCAAGGACCUCGAAGAUUUCAUUACCUCCGCUGGAGAAUCUGGUUUCAUCUAUGUCUCCAUGGGUUCUUCAGUGAAAGCAGCAAAUAUGCCAAAGACCCUACGUCGUCUGUUGGUGCAAACUUUCGCCCGCCUACCCUACCAUGUUCUGUGGAAAUAUGAAGGCAGUGCUGGGGAAAUUGAGGGUCUAACGGAAAAUGUCAAAAUUAGUCGUUGGUUGCCACAACAGGAUAUUUUGGGCCAUCCCAAACUAAGGGCCUUUGUAACACAUGGUGGUCUGCUGAGCAUGUAUGAGACGGUGUAUCAUGGUGUGCCCGUGGUAACCAUGCCCGUCUUCUGUGAUCAUGAUGUCAAUUCGGCCAAGGCUCAGGUGGAUGGCUAUGCCAUUAAAUUGGAUUUGGCAACAUUGUCGGCGGGUCAGUUAUACAAAUCGAUCAUGAAAGUCAUCCACGAUCCUCAGUAUAGAAAUGCGGCAAGAUUCCGUCAACGUUUGCUGUUGGAUCAACGUACCACACCGUUGGAGACAUCGGUCUAUUGGACCGAAUAUGUGCUGCGACACAAGGGUGCCUAUCAUCUGCAAUCGCCCGCACGUAAUAUGAAUUGGUUACAAUACUAUCUAAUAGAUGUCGCUGUUUUAUAUUUGAUCUCCCUAUAUCUGAUAUAUUUCCUGGUCAAACGUCUGUUUUUGCGUUUCGAUGUGAUACGAUCGCUGCACACCCCCACAAAGGCAAAGAAGUUAUAAGAAGAAAAUAAUUAAAUAAAUUUAUUGAAAAAAAAAAAAAAAAACAAAAAACAAAAAUAAAUAAAAAUGUUUAAAAUCAAAAUAAAAAAAAUAUAUGUCAUUGUUCUUAAACUCUUUAAAGCUAGUUUUUAUUGACAUUAAAAAAUAAUAAGUUGUAUGUAUGUAAUUGUUAAUUGAAUAUAUUCGAAUUCUUGUUUGUUUUUUAAUUUUCUAAUAUAUUUUUUGUCUGUAAAUGUAAAUGGGUGAUAUUGUAAUUUACUAAAUAUGGUCCAAAAUGUGCUUUUCAAUGUGAGUCUUAUAAAAGAACAAGUUUGAUAUCUUACAUUUAUAUAUGUUAUUUUUAUAUACAUAUAAAUAUUUUUCUUUAGUUUAUAAGCAAACAUUUACAAUAUAAUUGUGUAAAUAUUUUAGUUUUCUGUUUAGGUAAUUAGUUAAUAAGUAAAUUUUAUAUUUAGUUUCCUGUAUAGUGCGAUGGAGAGGCGAAACGAAUAUGAAAUUAGUUUUUAAGACGAAGAGAAAAGACACACACACACACACACAUAUAUGCGCAUAAACAAUAAACCAAAGUCAAUUAAUUUUUUUUGUUCACAAUUUAACUAAUGUAAUAAUAAAUAAUUUAGAAUUUCUUUAAUAAUUAUUAAUAAAUGUAUUUGUUUAUAUAAAAAAA